UUCCAACAGAUGGCUGAGAAACUUCAGAAGCGCUUGAUUAGAGCGUCUUCCUGCCUCAACACAGAACACACUCUACUGUGAAGUGGGAUAACCUGACUGAGGCAUCAGUACAAUGCCAUCCGACUUCCUAGCGCCGUUCUUGGAACUGGAGGAUGAGUUCUGCAAGAAUUUCCGUGGUCUGGACAUGCCAGAUGGCGCACCAGCCACCACGCAGAUGCAGCGCGUCGUUGGAUUUCAGCGCAGACACUCACUAUGCCCGGUUACCCUACCCAACUCAAAGUUCAACAGCGGCAGUGUGGACCCAAUCGGCGAGCCAGCCUGCUGGGCCCUUACUAACACUGCUAACCAGCAGUGGAGCCUGAAACACCAGCAACAGUUGCCCCGCUCUUCUCUCAACCACAUCCCAUUCCGUGUGGACCGUUCAGUCAGCAUGAUAGAGGGCCAUGUUGGCAGCCUCGGGUACAGCGAGAAGCAUCUCCCCACCACCCCUCCUCUGAUGCCCCCACCAGGCCUAAGUAUCAGCACCAGCUGCCUGACAUCUCCAAAGUCACUCGCCCCCUCCCCUCCCAUCUCCACCCGGUACAAAACCGAAAUGUGCCGCACUUACGAGGAGAGUGGCACAUGCAAAUACGGAGCCAAGUGUCAGUUUGCCCACGGCACGGAUGAGCAGCGUGACUUGAGCAGGCACCCGAAGUACAAAACCGAGCCUUGCCGCACGUUCCACACCAUUGGCUUCUGCCCCUAUGGCGCCCGCUGUCACUUCAUCCAUAAUGCGGACGAGCAGCUCGGGCCUGAUGGCGGAGCGCCACCUCAGCGACAGAAGAUGAGAGAACGCCCACAGCUGCUGCGUCACAGCAUUAGUUUCGCUGGCUUCUCCUCUCCCCAAGCGCUGACCGGAUUCCAACCCGUUCCAGAGACCAUGCUGUUCUCCAGGGCUUCCUCAGUAUCAUCCCCGCCCUCCACAGGUAGCCCAGAACUGCUGUCCCCAUUGUUUCCAGAACCUGCCACACUAAAGCACAACUAUCCGUUCUCAUCUGACUUCGGAAACGAUCAGAUUAAUAACAACCCUCACUUUUACGCCAUCACUGACUCAAAGUUCCAAACUGUCUGUGCGCAAAAGUCAGCUGCACAUAACUCUCACCGCAAUGCCUUCUCAUUCACCGGCCUGCCUGCCAUGCAGCGGUGUGCUUCACCGGACUCUCUUUCUGACCAGGAAGGCUAUACCAGCUCCAGUAGCCUGAGUGGUUGUGAGUCCCCUGGCCUUGAGGGCAGACGUCUCCCCAUCUUUAGUCGCCUCUCUGUCUCAGAUGACUAAACUUUAAACUGGCAUUCUCAUCCAAACAGAGGAAUUCUGCUCAGUGUUGUAAAGCUAGCCAACAUAUAUUUUUUUAAAUAUCAUAACGUCCAUGUAUACUGUUGUAUACCCGUUUUAGCUACUAUGGGUGCCUCAACUAGCUUUACAGCAUCUGUGGUGUCUUUGCUGAGAGAGUUCUGUUGGGGGAUUUAUUUGUACCCAUUUCGAAAAAAAAAACAUGUCAGUAAUGAUACUUUUGGGCUUGGCAGAAGGACAAACCUACUGUGCACAAGUGUGCUUUUUUUACAACUUCAACGGUUCUCCUUAUAGCCCUGCCCUUUAGAGUGUAACCAAAGCUGAACAUAGUAUCUUGUCUUGUAGGCAGAGUAAAAUGUUGAAAUGUAUCCAAAAAUGUAGCUAGGCCUACUGUAAACAAAAUGUAGCCUUUAGUAAAGGCAACUAAUUGACAGUAUUAUCAGGUAGUCUAACUAUAGGGCUUUUUUUUUUUUUAGAUGUAUUUAUUUUGUAUGUUUUACAGAGUUUGUUUAUAAUUGUGUUGUGCAUUUGUAUAUGAUGCAGAAGAACAUGCUUUACUCUUCGCUUUGUUUGAGCUAUCAUGUAGCUUUAGAACUUUGAAUUGCUUGAGUGUGGACACUACCAGAGCCAUGUCCACCAGCAUCGCGUUAUGCCAGUGAGAAGGCAAUACUAGUGUUACAAGUUACCUUGUUCAAUCAGUAAAUAGAUGUAUUGCCCUCACCGGUCAUAGUUAGAUGCUACAUGAGGUAUUUUAUGUGUUCUAACACAACAAGUGCAUUUCAGCGUUUAGUUUGGGUUCAACGUUUCACCAUUCAAGUUCAAGUUUUAAAAAAACAACUGAAACAUUCAUCCAUUUUUGCUUACUCAGUGAGACAGGAUUCUCAUACACACUUUUGUGACUGUUUCUAUAAUAUUAAAACGUGAUUUGUGGUGUUACGUGAGGUCAUUUAAAAAAAAAAACGAGCUGGCGCACUCACAAUUUUUUUUGUUUGUGUGGAGGUGCUGACUAACGGCGAAUAAACUAUCAAAAUAAAGUCGCACACUCCGAGCAAUUGAAUGGGUAUUUACCAACGCUUCGGCAUCACUGUGCCUUCCUCAGGGUACGUGAGGUAAUAACAUGGGAAAACAAUGUUGCCACAAUGUAUGAGUAAUAUGGGUUACAUCGACAUCUUGGUCUCUUGCACACCAGCUGUUAUUAGACAAAGUGAUGUGUAUUUUAUGUUACAAUGAACUUGUCUUUGUGGCCCAUCUUCAGCUGCGCUUUUCUUUAGCCUUAACUGUGUUGGAAAAACAAACAAGGCUUUGCAUUUGUUAAAUUAAAACGUAUUUAUUUUGUUUUUUCAAAGCAAAAAUGAUAGUGUCGGUUUUAUAUUAUGUUGGUUUCUAUAUAAUUUAAGUGUAUUGUUUACAUUCCAUGGGAUAUGUAUCCCGGUUUCUAUCUUAAUAUAUUUUUACCUGUUUGGUUCAAAAUAAAACGUUUGGAUAUCACUGUC